AUGGCGCAGGAAUCUGCAAACGAGCUACUUCGACGAAUCGAAGGUUUGCAGGAGGAGCUCCGAGUGGUGAGCGAUCGCCUUGUGAAGCUCGAGACCUCCGGGAUCCACCAGGAGCUCCGGGUGCUCAAUGACCGCCUUGCAAGGCUUGAGACUGGAGAGAUCCAGGAGCAAAUCGCUGUCAGCAAGGGGCAAGGCCAUGUUGUACCAGAGCACGACAUCAGCGAUGCGCAGCGACUCGAAGCGGGGAUGCUUCCCGGUCCCAGUGAGACCGAGACGGAGCAGUUUCAAACGCGGAAGUCACGAAAGAUCACACACAAAUCGGUCAUUGUCACGGAAUCCGAUCACCCGCUUCAAGAGUCGUUCUGGGAUGCUUUGUUGCUGGCAGGUCUGGACGAGAUCGGCCCGGCUGGAAGUGCUGUCAUCACCUUUGGCGUCCUUGCGAGCUUCGGGCUUCAACUUCUCUUCGUAUGGAUCGUCUUGACUUCUUUCCUGAGCAGCGACCCCAAGUAUGACAUACAGCAUUUGAAGACUUGGCGCGUCCUCUAUGGGCACAAUUACGCCAACAUGGAUUCCUCUGGUGCCUCAUUGGUGUCCAAGAUUUGUGGUGGGGCUCUCUUUGAGCGAGAAUGGUGGCACAGUUCGCUGCUGGAUGAAGUGGACGCCUACCUGGAUCCCGUGUUCCCAGGCAUGUUUCCUGACCUGAGUGUUGGGGUGGUCCUGUCCAGCGUCGCACUGGCAAUCUGGGUCUGCUACAUUGCUGCCGAGCUGCAAGAUGCGGGAAGGUUUGCCUGGUCCAUAUACCGGCUUCCGGGGGGCAACACGGUCAUAAGCAUGGUGAGCGAAGACGAGCGAGUCUUUGAGAGUGUCAGUCGUUUGCGGCGCACGGCGGUGUCUUUCACUGUCUUGGCACGCUUGGGGAUCGCAGUGACGCUGGGAAUUUCUGGAGGCCUUUGGCUUGCUCACACCCGAGAUGUCACUAAUAUCAUGCUGAAUGCCGUCGCCCUAUUGUUCAUUCUGGAGAUUGAUGAGCUUUUGUGGAAAGUCGUAGCAUCCAGACACACCACCAAGUACCUCUCCUCUGUUCGGACGCUCCAGCUCGGCCCUCGAAAGACAUGGGCCGGAGUUGACGUAGCCUGUAUUCUCCGGCUCAUCAUGAUCAUCGCGGCGCUAGUGAUCUUCAUCCAGGAAACCGUCUGCAUAAAUGCUAUCCAGGCCAAGACAGCCAAGGACAUUCUCUGCGGAGGGAACAAAGACUUCGUGUACUCUUCCGACCCACAACUUGGGCCCAUCAUGGUCAUGGAUACCAAGCCCUUCGACAUCCAACGUGGGAACUGGCAGCCUGGGAUUCGUUCACUGGUUGAAGAGGUGGUUACGAAAUACGACCCCAAAGAUGUGGACUCAUAUUUUUGGAGGUCGCAUCUGGCGGAUCGCCAGGUGGUGGCCCAGGUUGCUCCAAAGAGGCUCAAGCAGAUCUUUACGACAUUCAUCGGGCUCACGGCUGUGACAGCGCCAGACGAUAACAUCGCCUUUGGCGUCUCUUGUGAAGAUGAGCUCCCUUCCGAGUUGGCCUGGGAGUGGUCGGCCCUUACAGCCAUGACCGGUGCCAAAAACUGCUCCGAAGCGCAGCGCUUCUGUGACAACAGCAACUAUCCACUCGUGCGCAUGGCCUGCCCAGAGACAUGUGGCUGCACUGCAGUGGACAGUGGGCUGUUCAUGGACACUGGAUGCCGGCACAAGUGUCAGAAUGAGCCAGCCUUCAAAGCAAGUCGACAGAAUGCUUCUUGUCUUGACUUUUCAACGUGGAACGUCAACGACACUCGAUCAGAGGCCUGGGCACGGUACUUGCGUGACUGGGGUCGGUUAAUUACUUCCAUGGCGCCGAACAUGACGGAUAUGACGAAUAUGUCAAAGAUGGUCAGUAUGCUGGAGUUUGCUGACUGCGCCUUCUUGCAGGAGAUAGAUAUGUUGGACAUGUUGAUAUGCAAGCCGGACCCAGUUGAAGCGUUUGGCGGUGAUAGUUUCCCCAUGAGCCUCCGAACCGGCGCUUGGCUUUGUCCGGAAUCCUGCGGCUGCAGUGGGCAAGACACGACCUGGUGCCCGCAGUGCCCAGAUGAUGGAGACCCUGAGCCCUAG